CAACAUUGAAACAGUCAACUUCAGGGCUCAGUCUUUUUUAUAGUUGUCUCAGCAGACACACAUCACACCACCAACUCAGACAAACUCAUGCAACCAUUCUAAAAUCAACGGUCCUGAUCCUAAGUGGUGCAAACUUUCAUGUCUGAACUGCUAACAUAACACUACCACCAACCUCAUUUCAUUUUCCUCUUCUUCAGUUCCGCAGACACUGAGACAGACACUCUAAAAACUAAUAAAGUCUGCACUCAAAGUAGAAACUUUCGAGAUAAAUGGAGGAAAGGCCAGAGACGGAGCUAAUAUCUAUUCCGGCGACUCCACGUGCUUCCACGCCGGAGAUUCUAACUCCCUCAGGUCAAAGAUCGCCCAGACCGCCUUCUAAGGAAGCAAAAUCGUCGAACGCAUGGACUCCGACGUCGUUUAUAUCCCCGAGGUUUCUGAGUCCUAUUGGGACGCCGAUGAAGAGGGUAUUGAUUAACAUGAAAGGGUAUUUGGAGGAGAUGGGUCAUUUAACGAAGCUUAACCCACAAGAUGCUUGGCUUCCUAUUACCGAGUCUCGUAAUGGAAAUGCUCAUUACGCUGCGUUUCAUAAUCUUAAUGCUGGUGUAGGGUUUCAAGCCCUUGUUCUUCCUGUUGCCUUUGCUUUCCUUGGCUGGAGUUGGGGCAUAUUGUCCUUGACCAUAGCCUAUUGCUGGCAACUUUAUACUCUAUGGAUUCUUGUUCAGUUGCAUGAAGCAGUUCCUGGAAAAAGAUAUAACAGAUAUGUGGAGCUUGCACAAGCUGCAUUUGGGGAAAGAUUAGGCGUUUGGCUUGCUCUGUUUCCAACUGUUUAUUUGUCAGCUGGAACUGCAACAGCUUUAAUACUGAUAGGAGGAGAAACCAUGAAACUCUUCUUCCAGAUAGUUUGUGGGCCUCUUUGUACAUCGAAUCCCCUAACGACCGUAGAAUGGUACCUGGUAUUCACCUCUCUAUGCAUUGUUCUAUCGCAGCUUCCGAACCUUAAUUCCAUUGCGGGACUCUCGCUUAUCGGUGCUAUAACAGCAAUAACUUAUUCCACUAUGGUGUGGGUGCUCUCUGUUAGUCAACAAAGGCCACCUUCAAUCUCGUAUCAACCUCUUUCCUUGCCUUCGUUUAACGCUUCCGUCUUUUCAGCUCUCAAUGCGCUCGGCAUUGUAGCCUUCACUUUCCGAGGCCAUAAUCUAGUGCUCGAGAUUCAGGCAACAAUGCCAUCGACGUUUAAGCACCCGGCUCAUGUACCUAUGUGGAAAGGAGCCAAAGUUUCGUACUUCUUCAUUGCCAUGUGCUUGUUCCCUAUCGCCAUAGGAGGCUUUUGGGCUUAUGGAAAUCUUAUGCCUACAGGAGGAAUUCUAAACGCUUUAUACGGUUUCCACAGCCACGAUAUCCCUCGAGGACUUCUCGCAAUGACAUUUCUUCUAGUAGUGUUCAAUUGCUUGAGCAGUUUCCAGAUAUAUUCAAUGCCUGUAUUUGAUAGCUUUGAAGCCGGUUACACAAGCCGAACCAACCGGCCAUGCUCAAUCUGGGUUCGGUCAGGAUUUCGAGUGUUCUACGGAUUUAUAUCAUUCUUCAUAGGCGUUGCACUUCCGUUCUUAUCGAGUCUUGCUGGUUUAUUGGGCGGACUGACCCUUCCGGUCACAUUUGCUUAUCCUUGCUUCAUGUGGGUGCUCAUUAAAAAACCUUGCAGGUACAGCUUCAAUUGGUAUUUCAACUGGAUUUUGGGUUGGUUAGGUAUUGCAUUUAGCCUAGCCUUUUCCAUUGGAGGUGUGUGGAGUAUGGUGAACAGUGGACUUACGUUGAAAUUCUUCAAGCCACCCAAUUAGUAAGCAUUGGAAGUUUUAUGUUAUAAUCACAUAGUAUUAGAUUGUAUGUUGUAUGUUUAAUUGCAGUUAUCUGCCUUUUCUUGGCAUUGUCUUGGUGCAAUAUUGUACCGGUGCUGACAAAGAAAUGUUUAUGUUGGAGAUGGUUAUUGAUAUUUUAAUUAUCAGCUAAUAUGUAUACAUGGAAAUGCCAUGUUAUAAAUUGGAAUAUAA